AUGGCGUCCAAAGAGCCGCUAUUGGACGAGGAGCGGACUGUGUCCUUCUAUGGAAAUAGCAACAGCGACGGUCCAAAACCUGCGGCAGAGGUGGUGGUGCGAGGCUGGCAGAAGGCGAAACAAGUCGUCGCUCUGGAGAGGAUGCUUUUGAAAUGGUUCCCCACUGGGAUUCGCAUCAAGUUGGACAAGGCUGGCAAAUGCCCUCCUUCCACAAUGCAAGUGGUCAUUAAUGAUAACGUGGUGGUUUCCAAGAAGUGGGAUAACUUCACAUUGGAGUGCGACUCUGGCUUGUGGCCAACGGAUCGAGCCAAGAUCAGGGCAAGGAUGGGUGAGAUCUUCGAGAAUGCUGUGGUCUCCGCACAUGAAUUCCCCUCAGAAGGUGACUUCAGCGUGAAGGAUCCGGAUGAGGUGAAUCUGGAUGAACCCAUCACCUGGGUGGCACCAACCCUGACCUUCAUCUGUCCCUGGCUGCAGUGA